CGCAGUGUGCCGGGCUGGCUUCCCAAGCUCGCGCUCGCCCCGUUCCCCUCACAGCAGCGGUAGCGGCGGUUACACACACGGCCUGCCAACCUCCCUUCGGCGGGCCGCGAGCGGAAGGGCUCCUCUCUCCCCGGGAUGGGCCGGGCCUUGGAAUGCGAGGCUGCUGCUGCUGCUGCCGCCGCCGCCGCCCUUAUCAUCCUGGGUUGUCGUCGGCAAAGCCCUGAAGGGACCGAAGCGACGGUUACAUCAACUAUGACUACAUGCAUCGUAGAAGCCCAAAGGAACAGCAAGAUGUCAGACUAACACUCACACUCAUUGUCAGGGCCAGUCCAGAAAACCAUGCAGUCAUCCGGGCACAGGUUCCGCGACGUCGAGCAUCACCCGCUGCUUGCCGAAAAUGACAGCUAUGAUUCAUCAUCGUCGGAGUCUGACAUGGCCGACCGGGUCUGGUUCAUCCGUGACGGCUGUGGGAUGGUCUGUGCUGUGAUGACUUGGCUUCUCGUUAUCUAUGCGGAUUUUGUAGUGACAUUUGUCAUGCUGCUGCCUUCCAAAGACUUUUGGUACUCCCUCAUCAAUGGGGUCCUCUUCAACUGCUUGGCGGUGCUUGCCUUGUCCUCGCACCUGAGAACAAUGCUGACUGAUCCCGGGGCUGUUCCGAAAGGAAAUGCCACAAAAGAGUACAUGGAGAGUUUGCAGUUGAAACCAGGCGAAGUGAUCUACAAGUGUCCAAAGUGCUGCAGCAUUAAACCGGAACGUGCCCACCAUUGCAGCAUUUGCAAGCGAUGCAUUCGGAAGAUGGAUCAUCACUGCCCCUGGGUCAAUAACUGUGUGGGGGAAAGAAACCAGAGGUUUUUUGUGCUGUUUACUAUGUACAUAGCUCUAAUUUCAGCUCAUGCUCUCAUCCUGUGUGGGUUUCAGUUCUUCUCCUGCGUCAGAGGACAGUGGAUUGAAUGCAGUGACUUUUCACCACCUGUGACUGUGAUCCUGUUGAUCUUCUUGUGCCUUGAGGGUUUUCUGUUUCUGACGUUUACCGCAGUAAUGUUCGGCACCCAGAUCCACUCGAUAUGCAACGAUGAAACGGAGAUUGAAAGACUGAAGAGUGAGAAGCCUACAUGGGAACGGAGGUUGCGCUGGGAAGGAAUGAAAUCUGUCUUUGGGGGCCAGCCUUCUCUGCUAUGGAUAAAUCCGUUUGCUGGAUUUCGAAUCAGACGGCUUAUGCUAAGAGCCAAGAAAGGAGGUCCUGAGUUUUCUGUUUGAGUCUGUCUAAUCAUGCUGGAACUCACAAAAAGUAGUAUAUUGUAUUUAUUGGGCACCAGGAAAAAAGAAAAAAAGCUGCCCACAAGUAACCUGUGACCAAUGAAGAUUUGACACACAUGAAACAUUUUGCUUGUAGCAAGCAGAAUUUUAUACAUUUAUAGUCACAGACAUCUCAUUAACUCUCAGAAGUGUAAACUGGAUACUACCACACAUGGCUUUCAAGCAAGAUGACAAAACAAUCAGAAACAACCAAGAAAGGUGGACAGUCACACUAUGAAGCCAAAAUAUUGUCUUUACUACUGUAACUUAUUAUUUUAGAGGACUAAUUAUGCAUUUAUUUUUGUCAAACCCCUUUUAUUUGAUAUGUGUCUUUUUUUUUUAAGGAGUUGACCUCUGCUGUUUUUAUAUGACUUUGUGGCAAGGCACAGUUGUCAAUCAUGUUAUUAUACAAGUACAAAUGCUGGAAAUCACGAGCCAAAAGAAACCGUUUUUUGACUUGAUAGUUUAUAGGCAAUGCUCAGCUCCAUUAUGUAACUUUUCUGUUUGUCCCCAAGGACCCCCUCAGCUGUACUUCUGCAUGUGGGUAUCUGAACAGGUCUGUAAUCCAUUACCUUGUAGCCAAAACAUACAAGGCCGAUCAGUGUCCAAAAUUUCCAUAGACUCAGAAAAGUAUUCCUUUUUUGGGAUUCAGUUUUAAGUGGUAAGUGUGCAGAAAUCAUAUUGCAGGGUUUUGUUCUACCCUGAGGUAUUUACACCAGUUUCCUGUUCAUUAUAAUUUCUAAGGGAACUCAUCAUUAGGUGUAUUGAAAGAUUACUUUUUCUCCUAAAAAGGUGGGGGGAGGGAGUGGAACCAUGGAUACAAAUUUCUUGUGGCAUGAAAAAUUGCAGAUUGGAAGUCUCUUAAUUUAACCAACAGCUUCAAUUGCUUCUUGCAUUUCAUUAUAUAAAUUUGUCAGAAUGCAAGCCAGGCCUCUCAAAAGCUAUGGGUAAGACCUAGUGAACUUGCUAUUCCAAAAUAUGCACAUAGUGGGGUGGGAAGAUGAAAGCUGCAAUAGAUCUGAAGAACAAGCAUGUCUUUAAACAUGCUGGCCUGCAGCCAGAUUCUAAACAUGCUCUGUGGAUGUCAGGCUUGCUGGUUCCAGAUGGCCUUAAUUGCUGAGUUCACUGAUGCACCAUUGUGCAUGCACUGCUGCCACAUAACACCAGUUUUCAUGUUCAUUGCAGUGGGAGAGGCGCCUCCUGAUUCCAUAAAGGGAUUCUUGUAGUGGCAUUGUCCUGUUGAAGCUAUUGGCACUACUCUUGUGAGAGCGCUGAGUACUCGUCAGCACUCCUACACAAAUAUGGGGCUCUCAUGAUGAAUCUUGAAUGCAUUUGGGAAUGUUGCCAAUUGUUCAGAUAGUCUCCUUGCAGCCAUGCCAACCGUGUGACUCAUAGCUACACUUACUUACCAUUGUCGGCAAAGGAGAUGGGCAGAUUUCUUCAGAAACAAGUGCAGUACUUGACUGAGGAUUCCAUUUUAAUGAUUUAUUUAUUUUUAAUCCUUGGCAGCAAAAGGAAAUACAGCAUGCUACCAUAUUCCAAACAAAACCACUUCUGAACUGGAGAAAUCAGUGGUAUCAAAGCAGCUUUUACCAUCCCUCGUAGAGUGAAACCACAACAUGGUCUGAAUGUGCUGUUACAUCUGCAAGUAAUGAAAUAUUGUCUGAAGGGAGUAAUAUGUGUGCUCAGUAACAGAAGCUGAUCCCCCCCUCCCCUUUCUUUAAACAGGAGACUUCACAUCUUGAGCAUGCAUGUAUUGAAAGGAGAAAUGUUUUUUGAGGGGGCGGGGGGAGCCUUUCUAAAUUGAAACCUGCCUUUAAGCAUAUCGAGGCUGAGCUUUCGCUUCGCCAUUGGUAUUGCAGUACCAGCAUGCUCAAGAAUCUGGAGGCUGGCACACCCCACAGAUGACCGAGUAUGCAUGUGCAUGGGAAACUGGGACUUUGCUGAUAUCACCCCAGCACUUCCCACUGGUGAAGAGAGGUGGCUUAGAGAGUGGAUUGCACCUUCUGUUAUUACAAAAGCAAACAAACUUCUGUCUCAUGCAGAAUUCCCUCUUCUGAAUGACUUGUAGGCUAUAAGUUUAGUGUGAGGCUUCCAGUGGGAUCUUUAAUUCCUGGAGGUUCACUCGCCUAUUUCUCUGUGUCUCUGUGCAGCAUCUUAACUAUAAUGACCUGAAUUGUGUUUUAUAGCAGGAUGGUAAUGAUGCCCAAGUGUGUGUCCCCAUGAAGGGGGGCUUCCUGCAUGACCAUUUUGGUCCUUGGCUUUAAAUGAAAACUGUGUGAUCUGGAGGAAUGGAAGUGCGGGAGGAGAAACAAGAGAUACAACGGAAGGGCCUGUUUCAUACUGCAUACCAGUUCACUGACCCUCCUAAUAUAGGUGAUGAAUUUGUUACAGGCUCCCCCUCUUCACACACACAUAGUGUAAGCUGUGGGGAAAGCACACUGUACAUACAUCCAUGUAAACAAUUCUCCCUUGGAGGAGAGGAAUUGGGCCUCCGUCAGGAGAGGCUGCUUACAAAAUCACAGUAUUUAUAUGGUGAUGAAGGUCCUAUUUGCUCUCCCCCACCAUGCAGGGCAUAAACUGGAACCAUGGUGAUGUGUGCACUACCUGCCAUGCAGAAAAAUGGGCUCACGGCAAGCGGGUGGUGACUUGUAGCGAAGCCAGGCACACACUGCUGGUGAACUAAGUGACCUGUAAGAAUCAAAAAAUGCUCAGACAAUGCCUCAAGGGAUCUUUGCAGUUCAUUCUCAGCCCAUGAACAAAAGCCUGCCGUUUGUUCUUAUGUACAUAUUCACAGUUCUGUCAAGUCUGUGCACGUAUUACUAGGGAAGCAGAACUUGCAAGCAGAUAAAUAACAUUAGAUUUGGAUCACCAAAGCAAGGGGUAAAAAUGCAGCAAGCCCAGGAAGAUCUUGCCCAUUUCCAUUUUGUACCUUCACCAAGUUUGGGAAUUGGUUAUAUCUGCUUUAACACAAGACUUCAUACAUACACUUUGAUGGACUGUAUACUGCUGGAACUCAGCAAAUCCCUUUUAAAGCAGCUGAAUCUGUGUGUGACUUAGCAAGUGUGUGUGCGUGUGUGUAUGAAAAUGGAGUUUCUUGGCUUUUCGAAUCCUUGUUCUGUUGUAAUUUUUUAAUGUAAAAUAAAGUAACUAAUUGAGG